CAAAUAUCACGUUAGCACGUUCAAAAAAGGUGGCCGCAUCGAUACGAUCGCGAAAGAGAAACGGGCUGCUGCUAUGGAAAGACUCUCCGUGGACAGGCUGCGUGCCGACGAGAAGCUGAUCGAGGGAGUAAAACGUUACCCGUGUCUAUGGGAGAUACACAACAAGUCAUUCAGAGACCUGGGGGCCAAAGAAAGCGCCUGGAAAAUAGUCGCCCAAGAGGUGGGUUAUUCCGAUGAAGAUUGCUUGAAGAGGUGGAAGUCCCUGAGAGAUCGGUUUGUGAGGGAGGCCAAGAAGGUCAAGGAGAAUGCAACACCCGAUGGCGGUUCGGGAUACGUACCUCCUUGGUCCCUCUUUCACAGCAUGACCUUCCUCAUGGACUCAAUUCGUCACAGAAAGUCAAGUAUGCUGACACUAAAACGGGAUGCUUCAGAACUGGCAUUGCCUGAAGAUUCCACGGAAAUAGAAACAAGUGGAGACGGAGAAUAUCUGCCUAUCGGCUCUCCCGGGGAUUCCAGCGUGGACCUCAGCGCCUCUCCGGCCAGCAAACGAAGGAAGACCUCACAUCUACCGGUACCUCUCGUCGUGUGCUCCGCGUCCACUCCGCUAGACCCGAGACUCAACAAGAGCGGCAAGGAAGGCGGAGGAGGGAACAUGCAGACCUCACACCAGGUAACGCAGGCCAUCCUGAAGAGCCUAAAGGCCCUGGAGGAGACGGUGCAGGAGCAGCAGCGGAUUAUCGUGGAUGAGGACGAGCUCUUUGGGAAACAGGUGGCAAUGGUAAUGCAGCGACUAAACAGCAGGCAGAAGGCAGUGGCAAAGCUCCGCAUUCAGCAAGUCUUUCUGGACAUAGAGUUUCCUCCAGAGAAAUCCGACAUCAGUUAGACAUUCUACUCCAGAAACCUCCUCCCUCCCACCCUCUCAUCACUCAGACUGUAUUUACCCCAUCUCACCCUCAUUAUACUGCCACUGACACGAUGCACAGAACCCUCAUGUCAUAUCCCAUAUUUUAUUCUUUCUUGUAGCCCCUUUUUCCAACAACACAUCAUCCUUUCUACAGAGGAAUCCAGUAACAUGAUUAUGAAGCUCAACUAACUCUAGCACUUUUCCUAUUCACUUUUCUUACUGUAUUCCAGAAACAAUGCGCAGAAGAAAAUGGAUGGUUGUAAACGCAUACAUUUUAAUGUACACACAUUCAUACAGAUUGUACAGAACAGUAUCUUCAGCUCUAGAGUUACAACGAGUGUCCCAUAUAAAGAGUGGAUCUUCAUCUUGAUCGAGAGCGGUCCCGUCUUCGUUGGUCCCGGUCGCGAUCCCUAUCCCUGUUCCUCCGAUCUCUGUCCCUAUCUCCCCUCUCCCUCUCCCCCCUGCCCCUCUCCCUCUCUCUACGAUGGCCUCUCUCUGAGUCCCUCCUUCUCUCGUCACCGUGCAGGCUCCUGCGUCGAUCUCUCUCUCCAUCCCUACCACGGGGACUCCAACUUCU